AUGGAGGCCCCGUACUGUCCGGAUCAUCCCCAGACUCGCCAUUGCUCCUCUCCUCCCAUCCGAGCGCCCUGCACGCCUCCGCCGGAUACCUGGGGCGGAGCCUUGGAGGCGUUCGUCGCUGCCGCCAAGCAGCUGCCGCGGGAGGGCGUGUACGACGUGGUGGAAGGCUACGUCAAGAUCUCCGUGGAGUGCGCCGAGGUGUUCCAGCUGCUGAGCGGGGAGCGGCCGCCCGAGAGCGAGGUACUGUUGGUAUUUCAAGCUCUCGAGGCCAUCUUGCUGCGGACAGCGAGCGACCUUUCGCAUUUGCACGUUGUGGGGACCAACAUCGUGAAGAAGCUGCUGAAUAACCACAUGAAGCUCAUCUGCGAGGCCCUGUACGCCUCGGGGUACAGGGUGGCCCGAGCCUGCCUCAGCCUGAUGACCGCCAUGGUGACCCAGGGCCCCGAUGCCGCCAGGGACGUCUGCAGCCUUUUCGAUCUGAAUAAAAAGACCUUGUACGCCCUGGUGGCCAAGAGGGAUUCCAAGGGCGUGCACGACGUCCGGCUGGCCUACAUCCAGUUCGCGCUGUCCUUCCUGAUCGCCGGCGACGACAGCACCGUGGUGCAGGUGCUGGAGCUGAAAGAGUUCAUCCCCUGCAUCUUCGCCUCGGGCGUCAAGGAGGAUCGGAUUUCCACGGUCGAGAUGCUGCUGUCCACGCUGCAGACAAAGGUGGUUCACAAUAAAAGGAUCACAAAGACCCAGAAGGUCCGUUUCUUCACCGGGCAGCUGCUGACCCACAUCGCGUCUCUCUACAGCUGGAACGGGAGCGUCGACGUGGACCUGGGACCCCCUGAGGCUUCUGCAGAGGACGCGGGGAGGGGCCUGGUGCGGGAGCGUGUCCACCGCUUCCUGACGGACCUCUGCUGCUCGCUCAAGCACGGCAUCAACUUCUACGACGCGACCUUGGGAACCUCCGGCAGAGGAGGGAACCUGACGCUCCUGCACUUCCUGUUGGGCUUGAGAACGGCCCCAGACGACGAGCUGGUGGCUGAGCUGGUGGUGAGCAUCCUGAGAGUGUGCCCGGACCUGCUGCACAAGUACUUCAAGGAGGUCACGUUCUCCUUCCUGCCCCGAGCAAAGGCCACGUGGGCCAACAACGUCAGGCUGCUGCACAAGAUCUACGAGGCCCAGCCGGACGUUUCCCGGGCGUUUCAGACCCGAGAGUUCAUCCCCUUGUCCCGGCUGCUGGCCAUGGUGAUGGUGACCACCGUGCCCCCGGUGUGCAACAAGAUCAUGUUCACCCAGGCACUAAACUUGGAUAGCAAGUCGGUGAGGCACACAGCCCUGGCCCUGCUCUUGUUCAUUCUGAAGAGAGCACUGAAGACCAUCGACUUCUGCCUGAGCAGCGAGGCCUGGCAGGGGCCCGGCGUGUACACGACCGCAAUGAUGGAGGACUUUGUCUUCCCAGACUUGAACACCGUCGUGUGGGUCUGGCAGUCCCUUAGGAAGCAGGACACCAGAGACAGGGACGAGCAGGGACGGAAGCGGGACAGCGGGGACAAAGCCGUUGUUUCUUAACAAAGCUUUCGUUUUGGUUCAGACGACGCGGAAACCAUUCUUCUGAAGGCCGUCCUGCUGCAGGUCAUCUGCCUCUACCAGCGGGUGGUCCCGCACGUGGUCACGCAGUACAACUUCGACUUCAGCAAGCUCCUGCGAGGUGUCAUCUCGGAGCAGGGCCUGCGGGAGGAGGUGCCCCCCGUCCUGCAGCACCACCUCCUGCAGGUGGCCCUGGAGCUUCCCGCCUGCAAGUUCUCCUGGUUGAAGGCUCAGGAAGGCCCGGAGGCAGAGCUCCUCGGGGGCGAGCGGUCCGUGUUCUACCUGCUGAUGAAGAUGUUUGUGGCCAGCGCCCACUUGCAGCUCAAGUUGUCCACCAAGCGCCUCAUCGUGAAGAUCCUGCAGGACACGGGCGUGUUCGAGCACACGUGGAGGGAGCUGGAGCUGUGGCUGGAGCACCUCCGCUCCUGUGUCCCCAGGGGUUGGGACACUUUCCUCGUUUCCUCUGUGACCUCUGGCUGCUCUCCUCUCGGCUCCCUGUGCCAGGUGCUGCUGACGUUGGUGGCGAACCCCUACGUGUACACCGACAAGGCCUCCGACUUCGUCCAGGAAGCCAGCACGCUGCAGGCCGCGGCCAAGCAGGACGCCGACGACGCCAGCAUCCCCAUCUCCCACAUCGACGACGUGCUGGACAUGGUGGACGUGCUGGUGGAGGGCAGCGAGGGCCUGGACGAGGAAAUCGGAUGCUCGCUGAGCGAAGACAUGGCCCUGCUCACGUUCCCGUUCAGCCCCGUGGCCCCCGCCGCCCUGGAGGCCAGGAACAAGCUGCUCCUCGGGACAGAGCGCGAAGCAGGGGACAGUGUCGUGGCGUACCUGACGGCCGUGCUCACAGACCUCCUGCACAGCCAGCGGGACCCAUUGGCACUGUGCCUCCUGCUCCAGGCCUACGACCAGCUGGCGCCUCCGGUCCCACAGCUGUGCUGCUUCAGCAGCUACUACCGCCUCUGGAUCCCAGAGCCCGCCCAGGACACUGCGCUUCUGCAGACGCCGCGCAGCCCUGCCCCCCAGGACCCCCGGAACCCCUCCUUCGGGGCCCUGCUGCAGGCGGCCUUCCAGAGCGAGGACAAGGCCGCGCUGCUGGACGAGGCAGUGCAGGCGCGGCUGCGAGAGGCCGUCCCACACCUGCCCCUGCCCCGCGUCCUGCUGUCCGUGAGGCACGUGCUGCUGUACUUGCGGACCAGCGUGGAGCGCUUCCGCCAGCUGGGCAGGGGCGCGGGGCCCCCCCUCCUGCAGCUGCUCCUGGACCUGCUCCGGCGCCUGGUCCUGCACUGCGCGCAGCUGGACGCGCAGAACAGGGAGAAGUGCGAGGCCGCACAGGCCGAGGCCGCCCUCUUCCUGGACGCGGAGUCUGCGGCCUCGCUGGAGCUGGCCGGCGACACGACGCUGGAGGAGGUGCUGGUAGCCGCACUCUGCCACCCCACGUUGGAGGGCUGGUUCCUGGCCUGCGGGCAGCUGGGCCUUCUGGCCAGGUACUCAGAAGCCAUCACCCAGAGUGUGCUGAGGGAGCUGCGGGACCGGAAGGCAGGCCCAGCCGUUGUGCCACCCAAGGCCCUCCCACAGCUCAAGGCCCUGCAGGCCCUGCACACGUACAUGGAGGGUGCCCAGCUCCGGGAGGUCACCCUGGCCCUGCUGAGCCUGCCCGAGGCCCACCUGGUGGCCCAGCCCCUGAGAGUGGCCGUUUGUGUCUUCCAGACGCUGGAGGAGGUGCUGGUGGCCGCACUCCGCCACCCCACGUUGGAGGGCUGGUUCCUGGCCCUGGAGCGGCAGGCCCUGCCCCCGCAUACAUCCCUGAGAGUGGCCGUUUGUGUCUUCCAGACGCUGGAGGAGGUGCUGGUGGCCGCACUCCGCCACCCCACGUUGGAGGGCUGGUUCCUGGCCCUGGAGCGGCAGGCCCUGCCCCCGCAUACACUCAGCCCUGUCCUCGCGAAGCUCCUGGGCGCCCACCUCAGUGCGGGGGUCCUGCCACUGCUCACGGCCAGCGCCCCGAUCCUCCGCAGCUGCGGGCAGCUGGGCCUUCUGGCCAGGUACUCAGAAGCCAUCACCCAGAGUGUGCUGAGGGAGCUGCGGGACCGGAAGCUGCGGGAGGGCCUGGAGGACAUCCUGCCCCUGGUGCACAGCUACCUCCAGCGCCGGACCCAGGGACGCCCCACGCGCCCAGCAGCAGUGCCCUCUGCUGUCGCCCCGAUCCUGAGGAAGGCCCUGUGGAGGAGGCUGCAGACCCGGCUCCUCGGUGCUGACGGGCCCUCGGAGACCGGGCUGCACCCAGAGGUCCUGGCCCAGCUGGUCCCAUUCGCGAGAGCCAAGGACCUGGGUGUCCUCAAGGACCGUCUGCCCAGCUUGCUCCAGACUCCAGACGGUCACAAGAGCUGGGUCGUGGCCGACGCCAUCUCGGCCGCCCUGGCCGGGGCGGGAGCAGACCUGCGCGCCUGGAGAGAGAGGCUGCUGGAGUGCUGCGUGAAGUGGCUGGUCGGGUCCUUCGGCGGCCGGGAGCAAGACCAGGACGGAGCCCAGGGUCGGGAGGAGCAGAUGCUGCUGCGGCUCCGCCAGCUGCUGAGCUCAGCUGAUGAAGUGGGUCCUGGGGAUUGGCAGCAGUUUGUGAAGACGGGACUCAAGUUUCGGUAUCAGGACCCCGCGUUUCUGAGGGUGCUCCACGCCGCCGUGCAGCUCCUGUACCGGCCCGACAGCCCCGUGCGCGCGAGCCUGGUCCCGCUCCCCGUGGUCCACAUGAUGCUGGCCCAGCACUCCCUGUUCCUGCCCACCCUGCUGGCGUCCGGGGAGGAGGGAGCCCCCGACGGCCAGGUGAAAGAGGCGCUGGUGGACCUGCUGGCGUGGCAGCAGCCAAGCGCCGGGGACAUCCUCCGCCUGCUGGACCGCGACCAGAUGAUGAAGACCAUCCUCCACUUCCCCCAGAACCGGAGGCUGCUGCCUCCUGAGGACACACAGGACCCGAUAUUCAGGGACGGGAGCCCCAGUGACCUCGAUGGCCUGUACGACCCCUGCUUUCUGCUCCACCUCUUCAGUGAGCUGACCAGGCCAGAGCUUGUGGUGGAUUGCCGAAAGUUUGUGGAUUCCAACGCUCUGGGCCUGACCGCCGCGGCCCUCAGCAGCUAUGACCCCCAGAUGCGAGCCGCCGCCUACUCCGUGCUGGCGGCCUACUACUCACACGUGGAGGGGGCCCGGUUCCGAGAGCAGCCCCAGGUGCUCUACCUGCUGGAUGUCGUGCGGAACGGGAUCCGCACUCAGAACAUGAGGCUCACCUUCACCUUGGCGCUCUUCGUGGCCAAAGCCGCCCUGCAGAUUCUGAAGCCAGAGGAGCACAUGUACCUGAAGAUCAACAAGUUCCUGCUGUCACACGAGGACCUGAACAUGAGCAAGGUCCCCGGCUUCUUCCAGUUCUUCUACAGCUCGGACUUCCAGCACAGCACCGAGCGGGAGUGGCUGUUCGGGCUCCUGCGGCAGGGCCUGCGCGACAAGCACUGCUACCAGCUGUACGCCCGGCGCGGUGUCUUCAACAGUCAUCAAAAACGCGGAGGUGUGCAGGCUGCGGGCCGUCAGCACGGACGGCUUCGUCCUGGGUUUCAGGGUUGGGUUCUGGAGAUCCUGCAGAGCGCCGCCCGCGACGCCGGGGCCGCCUACGAGCUCCUGCGGGACUACAGCCUCCUGACCUGGGUCCUGCACGCGCUGGAGGGCAGGUUCCUGGAGACGCAGCUGCUGUCCAGCAUCAUCGACCUGCUGCACACGCUGUGGGUGACCAACCUGAGGGGCAGGGGCGCGGAGGCGGGCAGCCCGCCUGGAACCCAGGCGCCCCCGAAGCUGCUGGCCCUGCACCUGGUCAACGAGUUCCUGUACGUCCUGCUGGCACUGGCGAAGCACCUGAGGUAUGCCCGCUGCCCCCCUCCCUGGGCCACGGCCACCCCUCUCACUGUCCGCGGCCACCGCGCCCUCAGCAGUCGGCCUGGUGAGCCGGGCAGAGCUGCCGCCGUGCGGGUGACGCCAGGAAGCCCCUGUCGUCGCUGUUCCCCUCCCACAUCAGCCUCACGGGCCUGGGAACUAACACCUGCUGGGCAGGUCCCUGGGCAGGAGCCCGUCCACCCUGACAUCAAAUGCUCAAGGACAGCAACAAGCAUACUGACCCACUGGGAGCCCGUGUUCCCCAGCCCUGCACCCACUGAGGGGCCCUCGGACCCAGCCGUCCCCCACAGCGAGGCCAUCGGCCCCAUGUGCACCGUCGCCGCCCUGGUGAUCAGCUGGGUGCUGCGCACGGCCACCGAGCACCCGCUCGGCGGGGCUGAGGCUGCGGGCCUCCUGCACUGGCUUCGGGGCCACGUGGGGCAGCAACCGGAGGUCGCGGCCCAGCUCCUCGGGGACGGUGUGGUGCGGAGUGGCCUGUUCAGGCUGUACAGCCGGCUCUGCGCAGACGGGCUGGCGGGGCCCGAGCUCAACGCGGAGGAAGCCACGCGAGCCUCCGCAGCCUUCCUGCUGUCCCUGUACAUCCAGGACGUCUGGCUGGGGGCCCAGCGGCCAGACGCCCUCCUCGCCCACGUCCAGAUGGUCCGUGAGGCUGCGGGGGACGCGCCAGGCGGUGACCAGGAGGCCGUAGUCGGGCUCUGCGAGGACAUCGCCGCCCUGGCCCCGGACACGUGACGCCCUCGCAGGCUCUAGGAGUCCAGGGGUGUGUGUAGUGACCAGGGCCCUGGGGGAAAAGCUCGCUUUAUUUACUCGGCCAAUAAACAGACUGGAGGGCCUGCGUGAGGCGGUCAGCGUGACGGGGCCAGGGGGCCGCACAGCGGUCAGUGGGCCGGCCCUUUUCCCGUUCCUCGUUCUGAGAGGAAACGCCUCAAAGUGAGUGGCACUGAGCAUGCGAGGGCUCCCGGGUGAAGCUAAGCUAAACGGCCACGAAUGUGUCACAAAGCAGAGGCGCCUCAGCUGGUCUCUGUAGGCGUCGGGGCAGAGCUCCGGGUCACUGUCCGGUCAGCUCCUGCCGCCGCUUCUGUUUCCUUAAAUCCGCGGGCUGCUCAGAGCCUCUGCUUAGGGAAGGCACCUGUGUUUUUAACCUGAUAAUAAAUGUCUAUUUUUGUUAA